CUCAUUCAGCGAAGCAUAACACUGUCAGUCUUGUUACGUUUUAUUUCAAUGCUGACUCAUGUUAAUUAAGCCCUUUGCUUAAAGAAAUCAACAUGAAUAUAUUUUUAGGAGGCUUCUACAUACUAUGCAUUAUCUGCAUGUUGUUGUUUCUGUACACAAGACAGAAGUUGACAGCAGUUUCUGAUGCCGGUUUUCAGAUUUUUCAACGCACAUACCUGGUUGUGUACAUGAUGGCAAUGGCUGGGGACUGGCUACAGGGUCCCCACGUAUAUGCCCUCUACGACAGCUAUGGUAUGAGCACCCAUGAAAUAGAGGUCCUCUUUGUUGCUGGUUUUGGAUCCAGCAUGAUCGUAGGAACAGUUGUGGGGUCCUUUGCAGACAAAUAUGGUCGCAGAAACAACUGCAUUUUGUAUGGCAUUCUGUAUGGAGCAGCCUGUAUUACAAAGCACUUCAACAACUUCUGGGUGCUGAUGCUGGGCCGGUUGCUAGGGGGAACCGCCACCUCAAUCCUCUACAGCGCCUUCGAGUCCUGGCUCGUGUUCGAACACAACAAGCGGGGCUUUGAUUCAGAGCUGUUGGGCAACAUUUUCAGCCUUGCUACCCUGGGGAACUCGCUGGUUGCCAUAGCAGCAGGAAUGGUAGCCCAGUUCUUUGCAGAUUCUUUUGGAUUUGUUGCACCCUUUGACGUCUCCCUGACUGUGCUGGCACUGAUGUGUGGGGUCAUACUGUUCACUUGGCCUGAAAAUUAUGGUAACCAGUCCAUUAAUCUCGGGCAGUCCAUGAAGAACGCUUUCCAGACUAUAAGAACAGACCCCAAAGUGCUGUGCCUGGGUCUGAUCCAGUCCCUGUUUGAAGGGUCCAUGUAUGUGUUUGUCCUGGAAUGGACCCCUGCCCUGACCCCUGCUGAUCCCAACCCUGUUACCCAGAGGCACCUGCUAGAGGCCAACAAUGAAAAUGAGGGCCACAGGGGAUCCAUUCCGCAUGGGCACAUCUUUGCUGGCUUCAUGGUGUCUAUCAUGAUCGGAUCUUCUCUAUUCAGAAUUCUGUCCAAGCUAACAUCCGUCGAGUCCUUCAUGAGGCCAGUGUUAUUUGUAGCCGCUAUCACCUUAGCAACACCUUUCCUGUUCCCAGGGAACCAGUUGCUGAUCUUUAUUGCCUUCCUGGUGUUUGAGAUGUGUGUGGGUCUGUUCUGGCCCUCCAUGGGAACCAUGAGAGGCAAAUAUGUGGCCGAUGAAACCCGAGCAACUGUGAUGAACUUUUUCCGAAUUCCAUUGAACAUGAUUGUGGUUGUCAUCUUAUUACAGAAUCUCUCCAUGUCUGUGAUAUUCCAGUGCUGUGUGCUCUUCUUGGCCUUGGCCACUGUGUUCCAACACUGGCUCUAUCUGCUCACCUUGAAACGUCCAUCAAGCGCUCCUCCUCAGGAAUCAAUGAUGGAGAAGGAACGGGACAAUAGUGAACAGAUAGUGUAGGGUAACCUGUUUUCGCUGUAGGAUGGAAACCAGUCAACACUUUACUGGUUACCAUGCCUUGAAUAAUGUAUUUUGAGAUCUUGUCAUUGUACACUAUAAAUGCAAAUUUAAUUUGUUUUUUUAAACUUCACGUAGAAUUAUUACAAGAUUUUGAUAAUAAAAAAAUAGUCUUAUACUUUUAAUAAUUGUAUAAAUGUAUUUCUUUGUUUUGUACUACUUAUGUGGAUUUUAAAGAACUUGUUAAGCUUUUGCUUUUUUAUCAAGGCAAGAUAAAACUUGGUGUAUUUAUAUUUGGUGGGAGUGGCAUGAAAUGUAUUUUGGGCAAGAUUUUUGUGAUCAGGCCAUGCUAUAAAAAGAAAAGUGGCUUUUCAAUGAUCCUGCAUGGUAAAUGGUUUUUUUAUGUUUUAUUAAGUGAAAUAGAUUUUAAGGGUCUUAAAAAAGGACAACAUAUUUUGAUAUGUGUGAAGUUCGAACAGAAAUCCUUUACAGCCAUUAGUGCUAUUCAAAGUAUUGUUUUUUUAGUUUUCAAAGCUUUCUGCUGUAGAUUAGGCAACUU